AAAAAAAAAAAAAAUAUUCUGAAGGUCCAGGCCGGAAGUGUUUCCGGUCACGUGAUGUGUUUAAAAACACAAGUUUCCUGCCGUGAAGUCCGAAUUGCUAAUCAUACAUCCUGACUUUUCUUGUCAUUUAUUUGGCGGAGAGCAACUGAACCGGGAUCUUAAAAAUGAUCAUCCCAGUCCGGUGCUUCACCUGUGGAAAGAUCGUGGGUAACAAGUGGGAGAUGUACCUUGGUCUGCUCCAGGCUGAGUACACAGAAGGUGAUGCUCUAGAUGCCCUGGGCUUGAAGAGAUACUGCUGUCGAAGGAUGCUCCUCUCUCAUGUGGAUCUUAUUGAGAAGUUGUUGAAUUAUGCUCCCCUGGAAAAGUAAUUAAAAACUGCUUUCUUUAUGUAUGUUUGGCGCUUGGACAUGUCUUAUUUUUAUUUUGAUGUCAAAUGACAAGAAUGUUGCUUUAACUACAGUAUACACAUUGAAAUAUUGUUUUUCUGAAUAAAGAUGGUAAAUUUCACAUUUA